AUGUCUGGCUUGACUUGUCGUCGGAUUGGUGGCCUUCAAAUUCGGCCGUCUCGUUUGUCGCUUCGUUCUCUUCGCCUGGCAAGAUACAACCAAGCCGGUCCGCGCUUAAUCCACACAGCUUCCCGAUAUACAACACCAGCGAUGACUCCGUCGAUCAGAAAUGGCAUCGCCAAUGGCAUCAGUAAUGGAAUCAGUCCCCCGGCGUGGCAUCCGAUCCACGUCAACCCUAACAAUGGCAACAUUUGUCGACCAUUCUCAUCUGCACCAGAUGCUCGUGCGGUGGAAACUGAAUUUCUGAUCGUCGGUGCAGGGCCGGCGGGAGCCUCGCUGGCAUGCUUUCUCGCUAGUUAUGGUGAGGUGACAAUCCUGAUGAAGUUUCCUCAAGCUGACUAUGACAGGCCUGAAGGGCAUCAUGAUCAGCGCUGCUCCAGGAACGGCCAAUACACCUCGUGCGCACAUCACAAACAUGGCGGCACUAGUAUGGCCGGCGAGGAAUAUGCUCGCAUUCAUUCGUGGGGGAAUGCCCCCGACAGAAAGGGAGACUACGAACUCGCCAGCCCUUGUACACCGGUCGAUCUACCGCAGACGCUUCUUGAGCCCGUCCUGGUUCGCCACGCAACGUUGAAUGGGUUCAAGACUCGAUUUAACACGACAUUGCUCUCCUUUGAGGAAGACGCAGAGACCGGGCUCAUUACAGCAACCGUCCGCGACAACGUUUCCAACCUCGAGUACCAAGUGCGCACCAAGUACCUUUUUGGCGCCGAUGGUGCCCGUAGCCAGGUCGUCAAACAACUGGACCUUCCUCUCUCGAUCAAGCCGGGCCAAGGUUUGGCGAUCAACGUCCUCGUCAAGGCCGAUCUCUCCCACCUGGUGGAGCACCGACGAGGGAAUCUGCACUGGGUCAUGCAGCCCGAUCGGGAGCAUCCCGAGUUUGGCUGGAUGGGCAUCGUGCGGAUGGUGAAGCCGUGGCACGAAUGGAUGUUUAUCAUGUUCCCGAAUCGGGAUUGCGACCCUCAAAUCCAGCCAUCCAAAGAAGAGUAUCUGAAGAGAGUCAAAGACUUUAUCGGCGAUGACACCCCAGCGGAGAUCCUCGACAUUUCCAAGUGGUUCAUCAACGAGAUUGUUGCCGAGAAAUAUUCUCAGGGGAACAUCUUCUGCCUUGGGGACGCCGUUCAUCGACACCCGCCCAUGAAUGGCCUUGGAUCCAACACUUGCAUCCAAGAUGCGUUCAACCUGGCCUGGAAGAUCGCCUAUGUUCACCGCGGACUGGCCCCUGCCUCGCUUCUUUCCAGCUACAGCGUCGAAAGACAGCCGGUGGGCCGCUCCAUCAUCACUCGAGCAAACCAGGCGUUCCGUGAUCAUUUCCACGUCUGGGACGCCCUCGGCACGACGCCCCAGGAUGUUUCAACUCGUCGACAGGUUCUGGAGGAAUUGAGGAGCGCAACGCCCGAAGGACGCCAACGCCGCCGUGCCUUCCAAGAAGCCAUCUCCCGCACGUCCCAUGAGUUCCACGGUCUCGGAGUCGAAAUGGGCCAGCGAUACACCGGUCUGUGUGUGUAUGAUGCUGACGAACAACAUCCAUAUCAGCGCUUGGGACGUGCCGCCCAAGAUGACGUGCUCUACUACGAGCCAAGCACGUACCCCGGUUGUCGACUGCCGCACGUCUGGCUCAACAAAGCGAUCCCAACCGAGCCUGUCUCGACCAUUGACCUCGCAGGUCACGGAGCCUUUACCCUUUUCACCGGCAUUGGGGGAGAGCACUGGAAACGUGCGGCCGAGAGAGUCUCUGCUCAGCUUGGGGUGCCUGUGAAUGUGCAUUCGAUCGGGUUCCGGCAAGAUUGGGAAGAUGUCUACUUUGAUUGGGAGCGGCUCAGGGGAGUGGAGGAGUCGGGUGCUGUCCUGGUGCGUCCGGACCGGUUCGUCGCGUGGAGAGCACAAAAGACCUUGGGCAAUGAGGAAGAGUGUCAGGCAAAGUUAUCGCAGGUGAUGCAAGCGAUCCUUGGGUAUGGGAGUGGCCAAGCCGAUCAGUAA